AAAAAUCCUCCGAUCUACCAGUUUGCAAUGAUCACGUAUGCUUUUAGGUUUAAAAAGCAAAACCCGAUUUGCAAGUUUACUUCUGUGCUGAUUUUAAACUGAUGAAAUACACAUCUGAACACACACUCAUGAUGUAUAGCAUGACUCAGGAAGUGGUGUUGAAACAACAAAGGUAGAAAAGCAGAAGUGUGUCUGGCACAUUGCAGACUGUCAGUCAACCACAGUGAACAUGACUGAGAGACUGGCAUUAGAGAGCAGCAACAGCAGCAGCAGUGGCAACAUGACAGGCAACUGUACAUUUGAAUCUGUGGACAACCUGAUGACAUAUCUGCAGCUGGUCAUCUACAUGCCCAUAUUCAUCAUUGGUUUGAUCCUCAACAUUGUGGCUCUGUGUGUGUUCUGCAUCUUUCUGCGAAAAUGGACGGAGUCAACUAUCUACAUGACCAGCUUGGCUCUGAUGGACCUGCUCCUCCUCUUCCCUCUUCCCUUCAAAAUGCACGCCACCAAUAACCGCUGGCAUCCCUCCCUCCAAACUCUCUGUUCGAUCUUGGAAUGCCUGUAUUUCAUUGGGAUAUAUGGCAGCAUCUACAUCAUCAUGUGCAUAGCUGUGGAUCGAUGGGUGGCUAUCUGUCACCCAUUCAAAGCCAAGCAACUCCGUUCACCCAAAGUGGCCCUGGGGACCUGCGUGGCGGUCUGGCUGCUGGUUCUGGCAGUGUUCUUCCCGACCGUCUAUCGCUUCAGGGUGAAUGAGAACAGUGAAUUUAAAUGCUUUCACAAGUUUUCAUCAAACAGCUGGCGCCCUAUGGUGAUCACCUGUCUGCUGGUGUUUGGGUUUCUGGGGCCUGCGUUGGUGCUGGUUUACUGUUCGGUCAGGACUAUCUUGGCACUUCAGCAGUCCGGCCAGAACAGCCUGCAGAGCCGGGCCUGUGUGAAGAUCAUCUACAGCAGUCUGAGUGCCUUCCUGGUGCCCUUCACCCCGAGUCACCUUGGCAUCCUCCUGCAGUUCCUGGUGCAUCAAAAAGUGAUUACAGACUGCGACAGCAUGGAAGGCAUCAGCCUGUUCAUACAGGUAACUAUGUGCCUGUCUAACAUCACCUGCUGUCUGGACGCUGUGUGCUACUACUUCAUCGCUCAUGAGGUGAGGAGCACCAAACACAUCAUCAGGCGGUCACUAACCAGCCAAAGAAGAGCCACUUUCAGCACUUCAGAGCUCUGAACAGUGGACAGUUCGGGUUAAAAUAUAAUUUGUCUUCAGAGAACUGCUGGUAGAGAAUACAGUGGCUGACUCUUGGAGCAGUGAAACUGAAAAGGGGGCUAGUAUUGUUUUUAGUGGCUUAAUGGUGAACGUGAUGUGCGUGACAAAAGUAGUUGGAGAUAAAGCAGGUCAGAGUGCAGUCUCAGUUAACCACAAAGCUGAAGUUUAAAUGCAGCAUGGGAAGAUUUGUCAAGCACUGAUACAUGAUUUGACCCAAUGAGAGGAGGCUGCUAGGCAUCUACAUAACCUCAAAGAGGUCUGAUACCCAAAGUGUAGGCUGCAAAAAUGAAAUUUACCAAUGAGCCACAUUGUGACCUAUUUCUAGAAUAAUUUAAGCACAAGCUUGUCAUCAAUUCACACGCGGUGACAAUGGGUGAGAAAACUGAUGUGAUUCAUUUCAAAACAGUAAAACUGGGCACAAGGAGCUCAAAGCAGUCUAUGCUUAAAAAGUCAAAGAUGUCUAACAGCGGCUCAUUGAAGACAACAACAAACAUAUAAGACUGGAGCUGAUACAUUUCAGACCAUGGUUCAAAAGAUACAGUUAGUAAAUUGCGAAACGUCUCAUAAUAUAUCUAAUCUAUUCAAUAUUUAAUUAUGACAAUAAGCGUAUGUUUUAAUAUAUAGUAACAUAUAUGAAAUGCAGAUUUAAAAGUCAGUCUUAAACAAGCAAAUAAUUAAAACUGACAAAAAUCUCGUAUAUUAAUAAAUUAAAAUCUAUACAUUUUCCAGAGACACCAACUACCAACCUUGAAACACAUGAAUGUAAUUAAUUAUUAUUCAUUAAUAAUGAUCUAGAAUCUUAACGACAACACAUUUUUACCAACCUUAAAUGACGCAUAAAACAAAUUUUAUAAAUAUUUUAGUUGUUUAGUUGUUUUUCUU